AUGGAUGAGAAGCACGAGCGCCGUGAAGCACGGACGCGAGGUGCAGGAAUCAAGUAUUCCGUGGACGACUUUAGCAUUAAGCUGCCUGAGAAAUCACCCUUGGCUUCCCCAGAUCAUAGACAACACAAACCACAAGCGUCACCCAAGGGCAGACUUACGCGUGAACCACCAAAGCUUUCGCCUCCAGACGCAAAGAAGGCAAGACUACUAGAAUCGCUUGACCUGGCGCUCAUAAAACCCGAGGAUGUGGAUCUCCCCAGACGAAGGAGACAGUCACUGUCCAAGACAGAGGCACGAAAAAACUACCAGGCGGCAAGAGACAGACGGAAACUGAUGUUUAGUUCUGACGAGGAAGAAGAGGAGAAGGAGUUUUCGCCUGCGCCUGUGAUGGACUUUAAUGUGUCUCAGACACCAGAUUACGAAGAAGAGACGAAACCUCCUGUCAAGCAGGAACCCGAGAGUCCGAAACCAGCAGAGCCCGUGAAACGAAGACGAGGCAGGCCUCGUAAGGGCGAGCAAGAGAAGAAGCUGAUGACGGUGACGAGGAGGUCUAAAAGAAUUGUGGAGAAUCCUGAUUUAAGGAAGCACCAUACCCCAGAACCAGCUGCCCUGCUUGUGCCCAAACCGCUCAGAGCGCUAGGGCUUGGCCUUCUGACGUUUAGCGAGAGCAAACCAGAGCCUACAGCAACACUGAUAACGAAAUCGGCCCUGGGUCGUCAAAAACCCUUGACUGUGGAUGCAGAGCGUAUACACACGGCCAACUCUCGAGACAAGCGCUUCACACUUACCACACUAGACGUUCUUCGACAGCUUGUUGAUGAAGCGAAUCCUAAAGCCGUCAAGAACGAGAUUAUUAACGAAUCAGCUGUACUAUACGAGUUCAAGGCGCAUUUGCUAUACAGCAUAAGCCACUUGAUGGACGUUCACGCCUCCACCAAGGACAUUAGCCACGAUGUGAUGGAGGUGCAACGCCAGAAAACCGAGAUGAGGAGGAAUAUUCUAGAGCUCAAGAAGGAGCACGCCAAUGUUGGCGAGCAGCUCAAUAAACUACGAAACGAACACAAUUUACACAAAGAAAAGCAGGCACAAUUCAACAACACUGUGGAUGCUAUUGCGGCGCUCAAGGAGGCAACAGCAAACCCAGCAUCAUAUCAGGACCACACAAGUCUCAGUGACACCGUGUUGAUGAAGCUUGCAGACGUUACAAGGGUCUUCCACCCACAACUGGGACUCCAGCAACAGCUACAGAUAAUUAACGAGGAGCUUUCGAGAAAGCUCGAAAACAGAACAUGA